AGGAGGGAGAAGAGACGAGACGAGAGGAGGGCACGCAGUAAACGACAGCGAGUAACGGAGACGUAAGCUGUCAGUGUCCUGAGCUGCACACAGAUCUCAUUAAAGGAUGUAUCGACCGUCGCAGCACAGUGUGUGUGGAGCCUGACAUUCCUCGCAGGGCUGUGUGUGUCCCUCCUGUUUUUUGACCAUUAUCACUGCGUGUGUUUGGACAUUUCACCCCCCCUCCAACCCCCACCACCCCCCCACUUCCUGAGGCCUGUCGCCACGACAACCAUGGACUGCGGAUUCCGUCUGCCGCCCGUCAUUGAGGAGGUCUUGGAUCCUGCAGACGAUGUGUGUGACUUGAAAGUGGAUCGGCCGGGUAUAGGCAGUGAAAUGACGGCCAAAGAGCGAGGGUCACUGGAGGAGAAUGAGGAGAGAGACCUGGUGGAGGUGGAGGCCGGAAAUGGAGAGAAGGGGCAGGAGGAUGAGCCGGAGAAAAAGGAGAUGGUGAACGUGGAGGAGGGGGACCCAGAGGAACGAAGAGGAGUGGAUGAGGAAGAUGAGCUAGAGGUGCUGAGGUCACAGGUGGUGCAGCUGCUUUUGGAGCUGGAGGAGACCAGAGAGGUGUCCCAACGACACGAGGAGAGCUACAACGAGCUGCAGGGUCUUUUGGAGGAAGAGCGGCUGGCCAGCGCCCACCAGGCCGAGACCUUCACGAGACAGAUCCAGAGACUUCAAGGGCAGCUGCGCUCGGUGCAGGAGGAGCUGGACAGCCUUGAGGAGGAGAAGGCCAGCGAGCUGUGGGAGGCUCAAGAGGAGCUGCGUGUGGCGCAGGAGGAAGUGCAGGAGCUUCAGCAGGCGGCGGAGGAGGCGGCAGCCGAGCGGGAGAAUGACAUCGCUCUGCUCCAGGAGGAACUGUGCCGUGUGCGUGCCGAGUUGGAGCGUCUGCGAGCCACAACGCAGGAGUACGAGCUGGAGCUGACCACGCUGCGGGCCGAAAUCAGCAUGAAGAACCAGCGCAGAACAGGAGGAGAAGGUGACAUGGACCAACUGAUUGAGGAGUGUUGCUCCUUGAAGGACGAGUGUCAGACUCUGAAGAAUGGCAACAAGCAGCUUUCUGAGAAACUGGAGAUGCUGGAGCAGCAGCGAGCCAGCUCAGCUGAUUCAUGCCUGGCCCUGAAAGCAGAGCAGAACGAUGGAGAAAAUGACACAGAAAAGGAAGUGAAGGCUGAGGGAUUUGUCAGCACAUUGGAGGUAGAAGUUGGGAACUGGGUGGACGCUUAUACCCAGAAGAACAUCUCGUUUGAGGGGAAGUCCGCCACCCCGACAGGCAGGAGCGGAGGCUUCUCAGAGGUGUUUUCCCUCCGAGACCAGCUGAAACAGGCCGAGGAGAGAGCAUCACAGGUCCAGAGAGAGUGUGAGGGAAUUAAAGGAGAGCUUGUGGAACUGCAGGGGCUGUACGAGGGCAGCCAGAGGGAGAGGGCGGAGCUAGAGGCGGAGCUACAGCGCUGUAGGGCGGAGCUUGAUCGGCUGGCUGGGAGGAAGGCUCAGGAUAACGAGGGAGACUGGAACCUGGUGAUGCUUGUUGCUGUGGCAGCAGCAGCAGUUCUACUCAUUCCCAGUUUCACCAGAGCUCUUGCCUGAGGGCUGGACAGGACGUGACCUCAUCAUCUCACUCUGCCCAUGGUACACAACUCUAUCACCCCGACUACAUUUAACCACCAGUGUGACCUGAAAACCAUUACUCACCUGGGUCAUACGGGAACACAACUUGAUGCUUUUUGAUGUGUAUUGUGAUGCUGGUUGUUCGCCGCCUCAACUGCUUUGCUCUGCUUUUGUAGACAGUCAUAUCCGUUUCGACCAGUAGUGCUACAGACACUGACGCCAUGCCGUGGGUAUUUAAAAGGUCAGAAUGGAGGAGCUUCUGAUUGGUCUAGCUCCCCGCUUUCCAUUUCACAAGUUGUUUUCUUUCCUUAAUGGACAAUUGCAAAGGUCCUCUCGAAACAAUUUGCCUUAUCACUUUUAGAUAGAACAUUUGCACAAUUUACCUCUUUGUUGGCUAUCUCUUGGGGACUGAAGAGGAUGCAUCCUUCAUCAACAACGCUUUGGAUGCAGCAUAUUGCGUUGUGCUUCAUUGCUUUUUGGUUAUGUAGAAGCAUGCAGUAUUUAUUUAAUCUUCCUGGAUCUUCCCAUUUGUAAAAGUUUGUGUUUAGAUUCAAUAACUGGGAACUUCUUUCACUUUCAUGCAUGUUUAUAACUCAAAAACUCUGUACAGCUUAUCUAUAUGCUCAUUUUUACAUUCAUUUUGGUGAAAAAAAA